GACACUAGGUGGGCGUACCUGGAGCAGGUGUGUCUCUGUGUGAUCCCAGACUGACACCAGGAGCCUGUGAGACACUCCGACACGUUUCAGUAGUUUCAGAGGAAUCAGAAUGGACAGCCUCAGCGCUACUAACAUGUGGUGGGGAACUCUCGGUACCGUUCGAGCCUUUCCCAGCUUCCACCCAGCCAGAGACGUGAAGGAGAUCCAGUCAGCGCUGGAGAGGAAAGACUCCGGAACUCUGGUGAGGAUUCUGAGCAACAGGAGCAACGCCCAGAGGCAAGUCAUUGCCAACACCUUUCAGGAGAUAACAGCUAAGGACCUGAGCGCAGCUCUGAAGAAGGUCCUGUCUGGAGACCUGGAGGACCUGUUGGUACAUCUGCUGCUGCUCCCAGAGCAGCUGGAGGCCCGCCGUCUGCAGCAGGCAAUGGUGGGUUUAGGAACAGAUGAAGAAACUCUCCUGGAGAUCCUCUGCACCCGUUCUGGGAAACGCCUCCAGGAGAUCGCUGGCUCCUACGGUCAGAUGUUCAGGAAAGAUCUGGAGAAGGAGCUGAGAGGAGAAACAAGCGGAGACUUUUCUAAACUUGUGGUAUCUCUGCUGAAGAAGGAAGCCACUCCUGCUUCUGUCCACAGAGACAUUCAGGCUCUCACUGUGUCUCUAAACGGGAAGAAGGCUGACCCAGGACCAUGGAUCGACAUCUUAACAUCCAGAGAGUUGGAGCACCUGGACAAAGUUCUGAUGGGCGUGGAGCUGGAGAACGGGCAGACGGUGGAGGAGCUGGUGGAGAAACGUUUCUCAGGAGACCUUCGGCUGGGUUUCAGAGUGUUGGUUCAGUGCAUCCAGAACCCAGAGGUCUACCUCGCCAAGAGACUCGCCACCAUGAAGACGCCGCUGGUGCACGGGAUCAUGGUGUCUCACAGCGAGGAAGACCUGCUGAUGAUCCGAGCGGCGUUCCUCAAACUGACCAAAAAGUCUCUGUACUCCACCCUGCAGAACCAUUUCAAAGGAGAACAUCUGCAGGCUCUUCUGGCCAUCUGCCGAUCCGAAGAUUGAGUCUGAUUCUCCUCAUGAAGCUUGAUGUUUAUACUUUAUCUAGAAGUGUUUAUAAGUCUCAGAACCCAUUUGAAAGCUGCUCUUUGAUCUGACUUCUUCUGCUUUCAGACACAUCUGUCCUUACCUUCUUGAUCUUCUGAAGCAGCAUGUGGUAUUUUUCUGAAUAACUUACUUGAAGAAUGACUUUUUAUUCCGCAAUAAAGAACUUUGUGCCACAACUUA